AUGGGCAAUGUUCACCCGCCGAAUUUGAGCAACUUAUCGGUUGUGGGACUCCUCCGCCAGGGAGCUUCGUGGUUAGACGAGCCCGAACCCCUCAAAGUUCGGGUGUAUACUCAUAACAUUCGCUAUGACAACCGAAACCCGUCGCCGGGUGAACACUUAUGGGAGGAGAGAAGAGAAUACGUUUCGAGAUCCAUCUUCUUCAACACAAACAAUAUACCAAGCGUGGUUUGCCUACAGGAGGUUCUCCACCACCAGCUAACUGGCAUCGUUGAAGAUUUGAACCAUGCUCAGAAGCAAGCUUCGCUCGGGCACGGCUGGACCUAUGCCGGCGUCGGCAGGGCAGACGGAAAGACCAAGGGCGAAUACUCACCGAUUGUGUAUAACACUCAUACCUGGGAUUUAGUCGAGUCACAAACCUUCUGGUUGAGCGAGACUCCUGACGUUCCGAGUAAGGGCUGGGAUGCGGAUCUUGAGCGGGUGGUGGUCUGGGUUCACUUGAAGAGCAAGAAGGACCCGAAGGUUCACAUCAACGUUUUCAACACCCACUUGGACCACAUUGGCGUGGUUGCCAGAAGGGAAUCGGUGAAGUUGAUCAUUCAAAAGGCGGGUGGGUUGAACUCGUACCCGUCGAUUUUCGCAGGCGACUUUAAUGUGGAGAAAAUCGAGGAGCCCUACGUGAUUGCGGCUGAGAAGAUGUACGAUGCUGCCACCAUGGUUCACGGAAUUAAUCGGUAUGGUCAUAACAACACGUUUACGGGCUUUGACCAUGGCCAGACUGAGCCCGAGAAGGUUAUUGACUACAUUUGGAUCGAAAAAGAAAAGAGCAAGGGGUUGAAGGUGCAGAGUUACGGGGUGUUGCACUCGAUUUUCCACAGUUUCUAUAUGAGUGACCACCGUCCAGUGGCUGUGGAUAUUAGUAUCAGUGAGACUUAA